AUGAGGGAGUUCAACGGCAAAUUCUUUCCUCCUCUAGUUCAAGAACGGAAGGAAGACGAAUUUAUCCGGCUUCGCCAAGGGACCCAGAUUGUCGCCGAGUACGAGAGCCAAUUUACGACACUAUCCAAAUUUGCACCUGAACUCAUCAUGACCGAACAACGAAGAAUAAGGCGCUUUGUCCAGGGCCUGAACAUGGAGAUCCAGAAGGAUCUAGCUGUAGCCCAGAUUAACGCCUUCAGUGAUGCAGUGGAGAUGGCUCAACAAGUAGAGAAUGCACGGCUACAAGAUAAUAAGCCUCGGCCUUUUCGAUUCCUGAAUGCCUGGACCUCUUCGCUUUCACUGUUGGAAGUGAUCCGCUCUUCUUGGGAGGCGCCUGUUAGUGGGUCUCCCUGGCGGGUGCUGUGUUCCAAGCUUUUAGCUGCACGGAGGGCAAUUCAGCAUUGGAAUAAAAGUUCCUUUGGAAAUAUUUUUGAUAAUGUUAAGGUGGCUGAGCUCCGGAUGGUGCAAGCAGAAGCGGCGGCGGAGAGUACGGAGUCAGAGGAGGCUCACAUUGGCCUGCAAGAGGCGCAGGCAAAUUUUCGGCAUGCGUUGGCAGUAGAGGAGCAGUUUUGGAGCCAAAAGGCGAGGGUCAAAUGGCUUUCACACGGGGACCGGAACUCUAAGUUCUUUCAUGCAGUGGUUAGGCAACGAAGGGUUCAGGGUACGAUUCAUCGUAUCAAGACUUCGGCGGGGCUUUGGGUAGAUAAGGAUGGGGACAUUGCCGAGGAGGCCAUUCGAUUUUUCUCUGGGUUGUUUACAGAGUCGGCGGUGCCUAGUUCUGAGCUGCUGCCGUUGAUUCCGCCUACCAUUUCGCGGGAGGACAACUUGAGCUUGGAAAAUAUUCCCUCCAUGGAAGAGGUAAAAAGGGUGAUCCAUGUCAUGGAUGGAGAUAGUGCGGCAGGGCCGGAUGGCUUCACGGGUAAAUUCUUUACCUUUGCUUGGGAGGUCAUUGGUCAGGAUGUCUAUAAUGCCGUGGUGAGUUUCUUUUGUGGGGCAGAGUUGCCGCGAUUUAUCACCUCGACUUCUAUUACCCUUAUUCCGAAAAUUCCCAAUCCUCAAGAUUUUUCUAAUUUUAGGCCAAUCAGCUUGUGUAAUUUCAUUAAUAAGGUUCUGUCGCGUCUUUUGGCGGACCGGUUAGCUGGACUAUUGCCAAAGUUGAUCUCCCCCCAGCAAUCGGGAUUUGUCCGGGGCCGAAACAUUGUGGAGAACUAUCUGUUAGCCCAAGAAAUUGUUGCGGGCAUCGGGAAAAAGUCGAGAGGGGGGAAUGUCGUACUCAAAUUGGACAUGGCCAAGGCCUAUGAUCGGGUUUCCUGGCUCCAUCUGAUUGGGGUAUUGAGGAAGUUUGGAUUUGGCGAACGUUUCAUUGACAUGGUUUGGCGUCUGAUUUCAAACGUCUGGUUUUCAGUUAUGAUCAAUGGGGCGGCACACGGCUUUUUCAAGUCCUGUAGGGGACUCCGUCAGGGGGACCCGCUAUCCCCUGCAUUAUUUGUUAUCGGAGCGGAGGUCCUCUCACGAGGGCUGAAUAAUCUGGCGGCCCAGUCAUCUUUUUUGGGAUUUACGGUUCCUCAAGGUUGCCCGGGGGUAACCCAUUUGGCGUUUGCGGAUGAUGUGUUAAUCCUUGCUAAUGGGUCUGCAACAGCCCUUCGUCGGGUUAUGAGGGUACUAGAGGCGUAUCAGCGGUCUUCUGGGCAAAUGCUCAAUGCACACAAAAGUGGAUAUUUGGUCCACCCCUCCCUGUCUGUGGCUCGUCGUAGGGUAAUUGAGCGGAUUACGGGUUUCUCGCGCCAGGUUUUCCCCACCCGCUACUUAGGAUUCCCUUUGUACAUUGGCAGGUGUAAGACGAGUUUUUUUGCGGAGGUGUGUCAAAAGGUGAUGGGGAAAAUUUUGUCUUGGAAGUCGAAGUUUUUAUCUUCGGGGGGGAGGCUCAUUCUGAUCAAGCAUGUUCUUUCUGCUAUUCCAGUCCACUUGCUUUCUGCUGCAGUGAUGCCCAAAGCAGUGUUUCGAAUCAUUGAGAGAGCUUGUGCCAACUUUUUAUGGGGCUCGUCGGACGAGGGCUUCAGGUACCAUUGGAUGGGUUGGAGGAAAUUGUGCCUCCCACCGGAGGAAGGGGGUGUGGGGUUUCGGCGGCUCCAGGAUGUAUAUACUGCUUUCUCAUACAAGCUAUGGUGGCAGUUUCGGACAGGGUCGUCUCUCUGGACAACCUUCAUGCGCGCAAAGUAUUGUCGGGGAAUUCAUCCUUGCCAAGCGGAGUGCAAGCCAUUGGUUUCAGCGAUUUGGAGGCGGAUGCAGGAUGUCAGCCGACAGGCCGAACUCUCCAUGGUGUGGCUGGUUCAGGAUGGGUCGUGUCAUUUUUGGUACGAUAAUUGGCUGGGGUGUGGCGCUUUGUUUCUCAGGGCUCCAGUUGUGUUGAAUCUAUCUUUCCGGGACUUCAUCAUUCAGGGUCGCUGGAAUGCCCAGCUUCUGUCUCAGGUGCUCCCAAGGGAUAUUAUUGCUGUGGUGCUGAGUAAGUCGGUUCCCAAUGAACAAAGUGCGGAUGAGGUAGUAUGGAUGCCGACAAGAUCUGGCAAGUUCUCCUUAGCUUCGGCCUAUCAGGAGGUACGCCCGGUUGGUAACUCUUCUUUUAUGUUUUCUUCGGUGUGGCAUAGGCCGCACCCGGCAAAAGUAUCAUUCUUCAUGAGCCGCCUCUUAUGGGGCCGGCUGCCCUUGGAUGAUGUGCUUCACACGCUUGGGUUUCAAUCAGCUUCCAAAUGUCGAUGUUGUUCUCAUCCAGCGGCCGAGUCUUUUGAACAUGUCUUUUCGACGGGGCAGGUUGCCGAGGCAGUCUGGGGGUUUUUUGAGGGGUUGUGUGGCAUCUCAAGUUCAGCUCCUUACGUCCGGGCCCGCCUUGCCUCUUGGUGGUUGGCCUCGCCCAGCUCGAGGCGACGGAAGGCUGUUUUUCAUAUUAUGCCGAGUCUCAUCUGCUGGCAUCUUUGGAAGGCGAGGAACCGUGCAGUUUUUGAAGGGAUUCAGCCGCAAUCCAGCUCCGUUUGUCAGGCUAUCUUUCAGGAGGCCAAGGUUUUGCUUGAAAUUGAGCUUAAGGAACGGGUUGCGGCCCAGUCAUUCUUGCAGUUAUGGGAAUGGGCAUCCCAGUCACGAAGGAGGUUUGGGUUUAAAUUGGUUUGUUGGAAACCAGCUCUAGAGGGGGAGUUUACCCUGAACACAGAUGGCUGCUGCAAGGCUUUCUUAGGCCAGACGUCUAGUCUCCAUGCCGAAGCCCUUGCUCUCUUGACAGGUCUCCGGAUAUGUGGUCAAAAGGGGGUUACAGAUGUGAGCAUCCAGUUGGAUUCUCAGGUCUUGGUGGGAAUUCUUCAACAUCGUUUGCAGUGUCCGUGGCAUGUUCGUGGGGAGGUCCGGCAGAUUUGGAGUCUGGUUAGGGACCCUUCUAGGUUUUCUCAUUGUUUCCGGGAAGCAAAUAAGGUAGCAGAUGCGUUGGCUAAUGUAGGUGUAGCUCACCCUCAUCAAGUUGUUCAGCUCUAUGAGCACUGGAGUGACUGGCCGCGGCUGGCCCGUGGUGGUGUUAGACUCGAUAGCAUUGGGGUCCCUUCCUUUAGGAUGGUGCGAAACUCCUAA